AUGGUCCUGAGCAAACUCGCCCAGCUUCCGACGCUUCCUUCCCUUCGACUCACCACCACCCAGCGUCAAACUCGCUCCAGAGCGUCUACUUCUGCUUCUCUCACUGACUCGGCCACUCCCAGUCCCACCCAGUCAAGCCUUGACACCAGCACGUCUGCUGGCGGUGCCACGUCGGUGAGCGACCCGGGUGAUCACGCUGACACCCUGGCCACCAACACCAACCCCGUGUCAUCAGCCACCAUGAAGCCCAAAGCCACCACCAGCAACAAGCACAGCCCGUCUUCGACCGGUCGUCGCUUUCAACCCAAAGUGAUCGAUCUUCGUGACCGACGAGCGUCUAGUCGCGUUCGCAAACCGACGGCCAAAGCUCAAGCUCUGGGUUCCAGACGGUACGCCUCGCCGCCGCCGUUGUUGGAUACUAUUAUAAUUGAGCACACGCCACCAAAUUUUGACCUAUCUCCCCUCAAGGCACCUUCAACGACAUCUACUCUGCCCAAGGACGCACCUGAGGCAGCGUACCCGACUCUCGAGGUACCGUCAAAUCCACCGACAGCAGAUCCCAAACCAGCCAAACCCCCGUCUUCUCCUCCGCCUCAAGUGGGAGGAGAAGAGGCACCACACGAUGUUCCUGAGACGCCUUCUCGAAGAACCUCUCGGAGAGAACGGAAACCCACUGCAAAGCUAUUAUCCGAUUCUGGAACCGCUCAGAAGCGUCCCGCCACCGAGGAUGUCCCAGACGCUGCUCCUCCCCGCAAAUCCGCGAGACUCUCCUACUCGGCUGCUCGAAUCCCAUCAAAGCUCCGGUACUCUAUCUCCGCGAAUAACAGUGAAGCGGAUGAUGCUGCUGCUGAGGCGGAGAAGCCUCCGUCACCCGCAGUUCCAUCCCCCAAGAAAUCCAAGGUGAUUGUCUUGAAGUCCAAGCGACUGGCCGAAGUGUUUGGGCCGCCAAAGCCACGGCAGGAGAACAAGUCUCCUGGGUCCAAAGGGAAAUCGAAACGGAGAUCCCACCCCAGCGCUGUCAAUACCAAAGGAAGCACGACACAGCCUCAUGCUGCUCCUGUUGACAUACCCGGUUCAUGCAAUCUGUUGUGCCUCUCAACGUCGUCCCGACUACUUGCCUUUGCACGAAUUGCCCGGGAGAUGCCCAAUGCGGAAGACGAGAAUGAAGAGACUAUUCCAGGCAGCGUGUAUGACUGGCGUAUGUACACGCAGGUGUGGUGCCAGUGUGCCCAAUUCGAGCAGCCCAAGCCUGGCGGCACAGAUCCAGUGGAGCUCGAACGAGCAUUGAUGCCGAACCCUGUCUCUGAAGGCACAAACUACGAUUCCAUUGAUUUGACCACGGAGAGAACGCCCGACGCUGAGCUGUUGUCUGUGCCGGUCAACACGAUCCUCCGUGCAUCUGAUUCGCAACAGCUCUCACAGCUGUACACCGGAUCUCCGAGUCAGAGCGCGGACCAGAUACCACUCAACGGCACCCCAGCAACAAAUGGCAUGAGGACGGAGGAUUCCCACCGGCAUGCAGAGACCCAUGGACCAUUCUGUGACGAACCGAGUCGCAACAACACACUGUACUCCAGAACCCCGUCCAUAGCCACGAUACCGACAUAUGAGGAGCGCCUUCGCGAUGACCACACGGCUCUGACCGAAAUCCGCCAGAUGGCAACGGCGCGCAGGUUAUCGUGGAGUUUUAAUAUGACAUUUGACGAAAUUCAGGCGAUGGUCAGGGAGGCUGAAGACCGAGAACAACAAGCACGCCAGCCAACACUAUAUCGUCAGAUUGCGAGUCGGCCACAGAAUGGAAUUGCCCGCGCGAAUGGACACUCAGAACCACACAGUCGCCUUCGAUCCACUGGGUUUGGAGUGCUCUUGCCGCCUCAAGCAUCGCAUCAGGCACGAAGAGUUGCCAGUGGCCGCAAUUGGCUCAAGGCCGGUCUCACGCCACCCGCUGUCGUCAAUGGAGAGGGCGACGCAGCCCAAGAACGUGUCACCUCCAACCCUACGCCCCCCACCCCAGGCAGUGUUGAGGAAAGCACGCCAGCGAAGCCUUGUGGAAUAUAUCGAACUUCGUCAUCACUCCGGCCCAAAAGUUCGCGGUUCAGAGUGGAUCCGAGGGGAUUGCGAGGGGAGUCUCCUGGACCAGGAACCAUCAUCAACAUGAAGGGGCCGGGAGGGGCCGCGGCCGAAGCCAAGAGGGCGACAGAGGGGCAUGCGAACACUGGGAAAUCGACGAAGGAGUUUGAAGAACACCAGGAGCGCGAGGAUGGUGAGAAACAGAAGCGACGGCACCGAAAGGAGCAAGAGGGUCACAAACUGAACGGACACGGACAUGGACACGGGCACGGACAGCCUUGA